AUGGGGAGGCGAUCAGAAUGCACGCCGGCAGGCGCCACUGACAACACCUUGCUGUGCUUGUGUGGGCACACGGAAGGAACUGACGACCUGUUGCCGGUGCGCACCCCACAGGGCGGCUGUGCCACGGCUUGCCUGAUGCUGCGCUGUGCUUUCAAGGCUGGUUUCCUGGUCUUCGCAUCCCUGUGUGCCUGGUAUUGCGGGUACCUGCUCGCAGAGCUCAUUCCGGAUGCACCCCUCACCAGCGCUGUCUAUAACAUCCGCAGCAUCGGCAAGAAGCCAGUCCUCAAAGCCCCAGCCCCCAAAAGGCAGAAAUGCGACCACUGGACGGCGUGCCCGCCUAACACCUACGCCUACCGGUUGCUCAGCGGCGGCGGCAGAAGCAACUACGCCAAGGUCUGCUUCGAGGACGAGCUGCUCAUAGGACAAAAGAUUGGAAAUGCUGCGCCAGGAAUAAACAUUGCCAUUGUCAACUGUAAGUUAUUAAAUGUUUUCUAUGAAACUUCUCUAAAAGCUCUUGACGGGGAUAACUCUGGACCGAUGACGAAGUUCAUUCAGAGUGCCCCUCCGAAGUCCCUGCUCCUCAUGGUGACCCAUGACGACGGAAGCACCAGAUUGAAGGACGAUGCCAAGAAAGCCAUAGAAGCUCUGGGAAGUAAAGAAAUCAGGAACAUGCGGUUCAGGUCGAGCUGGGUAUUUCUUGCAGCGAAAGGCUUUGAACUCCCUGCAGGAAUUCAGAGAGAAAAGAUCAACCACUCUGAUAACAAGAAGAACAGGUACUCCGGCUGGCCGGCAGAGAUCCAGAUAGAAGGCUGCAUACCCAGAGAACCCAGCUAGCGCCGCCGGGUCCCCAAUAAAUGUGUUUUCUAUGAACAAAUGCAGCUGGAACGCCCGAGAAUACAAUGCCUUUAAGUCCACGGUGAAUUUUUAAUGGGUGUCUCGAGUUUGUUGUAGAGCAAUGAACAUUUGCUAGUGGUAUCAAAUCUUGGAACACUAUGUUUUUAUGCCGGUAUUUAUAGAGUGAAGAUGUCAAUAAGCAGGAAAACGGAAAUGA